AUGUCCGCCGACAACAGCCGUGGCGAGUUGAAGAUCGAGAACACAAACAUCAACACCGCCCCCGGUGUAGAGCUCAGCGACCACCAGCGCACAAUCGUUGGCUCCGUGCUCGACCUUUUCGCCGGCCGCCCUUCGCUACCUAAGCUUGGGCUUUGGAAGGACGACGCCCAGUUCACGGACCCUUUGACCAUCGCCAAGGGUCGUGCACAGUACGAGGCACAAUUCUACGGUCUUCAGACAGCUUUCUCCGAGAUUGAGAGGCUAGGCCAUGAGGUGAAGGAUGCUGGUAACCCAAUCAAGAUGGAUUUGGACACCAGAUACGUUGUCAAGGGUAUCGGUAAAGAGCAGAAGAUUCACAGCUUGAUCGAGAUCCAUAUGGAGGGCGAUAAGAUCUCGUCGCUUGCUGAUAAGUGGGAUGGCAAAUUGCCAGAAGGCUCGAUCGCUCAGGCCUUCCGCCGUCUCAACGCUGUCAGCGUACCAAAGAUGGUCGGUGUGCCAAAGAAUGCUCAGGAGGACCGCGAAAGGGGCAACCAGUAA